AUGCUGGAUUUCUUCCACAAGGCGCCCAACGACGACUGCUGGUACAAGUUUCUUGAGCCAAUCUUGCCCUACAUUCGCAACAUCAUUCCCGCCUCUGUUGCGUGCGACUUGCUGGAGAUCUUCCUGACGGACCCGGGAAGUUCGCUGUUUCGCGUUGCUUCUCCGUAUAUAUUGACCAGAGUCUUCCGCAAGAAGUCAAUUACGCAUCCGACCAACCCUCGAUAUACCACGCCCGCGUUGCUUGCGACAAUUCUGUGGUGUGUGGCGCAAACUGCCGAUGUGAUGAUGCUCCAUGUUCCCGGCACGAGGGCAAAGAUUGUCAACGACUUGUACGAUUUGGCGACGUCCCUGAUAUCUGAACGUGACCCAGACCGAUGGCGACGAAUUCAUGGUGGUCUCCGAGCAGAAAACGAGACUCCCCAUCCUAGGAUCCCCAAUCCCGCGACAGUGCCCAAAACCACCGUAAUCAACGAGCCGGCUGGCGAAAUUGACGACGUCUUGACCUUUAUUCUCCUCUCCAUUGCCGUCUCUGGAUCUGAUUUCAAAUCUGACUGCUACAAGUGGUGGUCCAAGGCAACGAGACUGGCCUUUUCGCUAGGCCUCAAUCGAGAAGACGAGCAGUGUGCUGGACCUGUAACUCCAUGCGCAAACCCCCUCUGCUCAUGUCGAAAGGAGCAAGACGGCAGUUUAUAUAAUCUCGAGCAUCGAGAGGAACGCCGGAGAGUCUUUUGGCUUCUCUACGCUCUGGACAGGCAUCUGGCUUUGUCCUUUAACUCGGCUUUGACAAUCCCUGAUUCUUACUGUGAAGUUUAUUCCCCUCUGCCUGAAGCUGUUUGGGAAAACCUCGACACAAUUCCUCCAAACGAGAUGCCCGUUCGAACAAUUGGACCACCAACGACUGCCUCAGGAUCCGCCUUUUUCGAAUAUUUCUUACCGCUCAUGGCCAUACUAGGAGACAUCAUAGAAGUCCAUCACAGGCGCCGCCAUCCAAGACUUGGAGAUCUGGACGAUUCGCACUCCGUAUCUAUUAUCCAAGGACUACUUACGACAUACGAACUGAGUCUCGCGGCGCUUUCAUCAGAAGGAAAUGACAACGGCAUAGUUUCCCUGCCUAUCCACACUCCAAAGGGCAUGGUUGCCGGCAUGCCGUCGAGGUCAUCCAUGUCUCAUCCAUACCCACCUUCUACAGCGCCAUACAACGCAGGUGAUCCAUCCAAGAUGCGCCUAGCCAAGGCCUAUAGCACGCAUAUCCUACAUGUGCUGCAUGUACUCCUACACGGCAAAUGGGACGCUAUAUCCAUGUUGGACGAUGGCGACGAUUGGAUCACGUCUAAGAGAUUCAACGAAUGCGCAUCACAUGCCAUUUCUGCGUCGCAGUCUGUCUCGACCAUCUUAACGAUCGAUCCAGAGCUCACCUUCAUGUCAUAUCUGUUUGGCAUAUAUCUCCUGCAGGGAAGCUUUAUCCUUCUUCUCUUUGCGGAUAGGAUGCCGCAGCUGGGCCCGAACGAAUCAGUGGCGCAGGCAUGCGAGAAUAUCAUCCGAGCGCACGAAGUAUGCGUUGUAACGUUGAGCACGGAAUUUCAGAAAAACUUUCGAACAGUAUUACGAUCAACUCUGUAUAGCGUUCAAGGCGCAGGGAUGACGAAUUGGGAUGAUCAUCGCUCACGACGAAGAGCUUUAUCUUUAUAUAGGUGGACAAAGGGAGCUAGGGGGUUAGCAUUAUGA